GUCCAAUCACAACAGCCUUCAUCAUCUCUCUCUCCCUACGAGACGCACUCGCGUUCCUUGUGCCAAACACGAACACGCGUGGCGAAAUAGGAUCCACGCUCCUCCACAGGAACAGAUUCGGACACCUGGAUGAAAACCUUCUACGGAUGAGUGGACAUGAUCUUUUAGUAAAGCAAUCUGUGACUCUAGAAGACAACAGGAAUCCAAGAGAAUUAAGUCUGAGCACCUUAGGAGCAGGAUUAUUCUUCUUCCUCACUUCUUCAUCGCUCAUAUCCUUCAAAAUGAGGCUAAAAGAAGACCUGAACCCAGUGUUGCUGUUCCUCUUCCACCUCAUAGUGUGGGUCUACAGCACAGUCACGUUCCUGCCUUCCUACCUCCUCAGCUGGGUUUCAAGAGGCAGCAAGGAUUUUUAUGGAUCAGAGGAGGAACGAGCCCAGAGACCUAAGGCUUCUUCGGUUCUAGGACACCCAGAGGGACCCUACAGAGCAGUCAGCACCAUCAAAACACUCCUGUCAUCGCUUCACCCUGGAGUGGAUACGCUAGAUAAGAUGUUUGAGUAUGCAGCCAUGAGGUUCCCUCACAGAGACUGUCUUGGAACAAGGGAAGUAGUCACAGAGGAAGAUGAGCGACAGAGCAACGGGAAGAUGUUCAAGAAGGUUGUCCUUGGAAAGUACCACUGGCUGUCCUAUAAGGAGGCCCUGACAGCAGCCAUUCAGCUGGGUAGAGGUUUGGCAUCUUUGGGUCAACAGCCAAAAACCAACAUCGCCAUCUUCUGUGAGACCCGAGCAGAGUGGUUGAUCGCUGCUCAGGCCUGCUUUGCAUAUAACUUCCCAUUGGUGACCCUGUACUCCACCCUGGGGGGUCCAGCCAUUGCUCAUGGACUGAAUGAGGCUCAGGUCACCCAUAUUAUCACCAGCAAAGAACUCCUGGAGAACAGACUGAAGGCUAUCUUGCCUGAGGUUCCAAGAUUGCAGAAUAUCAUCGUGGUGGACAACACACCGACCACAUGGCCCGACUAUCCUCGGGGCAUCAGCAUCUGCAAUAUGGCCACUGUUCAAAAGCUAGGAGCCCAACCGGAGUAUGCAAAGUUUGAGCGUAAGCCGCCUCUGUCAUCAGACAUCGCAGUCAUCAUGUACACCAGUGGUUCCACCGGCCUUCCGAAGGGAGUCAUGAUCUCCCAUAGCAACAUCAUUGCCAGCAUUACAGGCAUGGCUGAGAGGAUCCCCAACCUGAGUGAAGAGGAUACCUACAUUGGGUACCUCCCUCUGGCUCAUGUGCUUGAGCUGUGUGCAGAGCUUGUCUGCAUUUCCCAUGGCUGCCGGAUCGGCUAUUCCUCACCUCAAACACUUGCUGACCAGUCGACGAAGAUCAAGAAAGGAAGCAGAGGAGACACCAGUGUCCUGCAGCCCACUCUGAUGGCAGCCGUCCCGGAGAUUAUGGACCGUAUCUAUAAGAAUGUGAUGAUGAAGGUGGAGGAGAUGAAUUGCUUCCAGCGAGCAAUCUUCAUCCGAGCAUACAACUACAAGCUGGAACAGCUGUUAAAAGGCCGCAGCACCCCGCUGUGUGACAGGUUUGUGUUCAGAAAGGUUCGUUCUCUGCUUGGUGGUCGAACCCGCGUCUUGUUAUCAGGUGGGGCUCCUCUCUCCGCCGCCACGCAGCGAUUCAUGAACGUGUGUCUGUGUUGCCCAGUGGGUCAGGGAUAUGGCCUGACAGAGACCUGCGGCGCUGGGACUAUAUGUGAAUACUGGGAUUACAGCACUGGUAGAGUGGGAGGGCCACUGGUUUGCUGUGAGAUCAAACUCAAAGACUGGAUUGAGGGCGGUUACCGAAGCACCGACAAACCUCAUCCCCGGGGAGAGAUUCUGAUUGGUGGACCCAACGUCACCAUGGGAUAUUACAACUGCAAGGCAAAAAACCAGGAGGACUUUCUGGUUGAUGAAAACGGCCAGCGAUGGUUCUACACUGGAGACAUUGGAGAGAUUCAUGAAGACGGGUGUCUCCAGAUUAUCGAUCGUAAGAAGGACCUGGUGAAGCUGCAGGCGGGAGAGUACGUGUCCCUGGGCAAGAUGGAGGCUGUGUUGAAGAACUGCCCACUGGUUGACAACAUCUGUGUCUAUGCCAACAGUGAUGAGACAUAUGUGAUUGCGUUUGUGGUGCCUAAUCAGAAGCAGCUGCUGACUCUGGCUGGCCAGUACGCCAUCAGAGGUACCUGGGAGGAGCUUUGCAACAGUGAGGCCAUGGAGGAGCUGGUCCUUAAAGUCAUCUCUGAGGCUGCACUGGCAGCCCAAAUGGAGCGCUUUGAAAUACCACGCAAGAUCCGUUUAAUCCCAGAGCCCUGGACCCCUGAAACCGGAUUAGUGACCGAUGCAUUCAAGCUCAAACGCAAGGAGCUGAAAACACAUUUCAAAGAUGAUAUUGAAAGAAUGUACGGUGGAAAACAACCAUGAGCAGCAGAUUGACUCUGAUAUAGUGUGAUUCCAUUAGAGCAGCAAUCUUCAUCUUCAGCACAAAAUCCCACUUCAUGACGCCUCAGUUCCCUUGUUAAACCAAGGAAGUAGUCCUAAUAUGCUGAAUUUCCUAAUCCUGCAGGCCAGGACACAGUUAACCUUUCUGCUGCUUUUGUUUUGUCUCCGGUUUUGUCCUGUUUGUCUCUGGGCUUUGAUGUCCCCCC